AUGGCACAGUGUCAAGGGAUAACAAAAGCAGGAAAAAGAUGUCGAAUACGAAUUGUUGAUGAUGGUACGAAAUACUGUCGAUAUCAUAAAUCUCAAGGUCGAAUCUUUGGUAACUGGAAUAAUUCAAAAGAUAGUAAAUCAUUAGAUGGUCCAGGUUACAUAUAUGUUUUUACGCUUGAGCAUAUGUUGCAAAGAAGGCCAGUAAAGCAAGAUUGGCUUAGAAUGGCUGCACCUACUUCCGAUAACAUUAUUAAUUACGAUAAGACAAGACAAUUAAAGCCAAAGCAUUAUAUACUUUUGAAAAUUGGUUUCACAUCCGGAACACCGAAAAGGAGAUUGGAACAAUGGAAGAGACAAUGCAAGCAUCAAUUUACUCUUGUGACUCCUAGAAUGUUAUCCUCAAUUGUGUGCUCCAAAAGGGACAAAAUGCAUGUGUUAUUACAUUCCUUUUCCAGACUGAGCCUUCAAGAUCUCGGCAAGUACAGCAAAUUUGAUAACAAGAAUCUAGGUUUUCAUACGAAACUGGCGUUUCAAACAGAGCAAAAAAUUCAUCAUAUACUCCAUGAGAAAUAUGGUUUUGGGAAAAUAUACUGUGAAGGUUGUAAGAGCACGAAUGGUGGUAUUCAUAAGGAAUGGUUUCUUGUGCCUAGGGAAGACGUUAAAAAUAUUUUUGAUAAAAUAAAUGAUCUUUGUCAAUGA